GCGGUCUGAGCACAUUGAAAAAGCAAGAUGGCGGCUCCCUCAAAGCAGUAUGGGCUUAUCCUGCCUCAAAAGAAAGGACUGACGAAAACAGCAACACUUCCCAGACCUUCAGUGUUUGGAGAUGACUCUGAUGAUGAGACAUCAGUUGGUGAAACAUUACAGAAAGAAGCAGUCAAGAAGAAAAUUAUGAAGCAGACGCGGUUGGAGAUGCAGAAGGCCCUAGAUCAGGACAGUACAGUAUAUGAUUACGAUGCAGUGUAUGAUGACCUUCAAAAACAAAGACAAGAAAAUAACAAGAAAAUACUCGGAGGAACAGAUAAAAGACCAAAAUAUAUCCACCAGUUGAUGAAAGCAGUGGAAGAACGAAAAAAAGAACAAGAACGGAGAGAAGAGAGGAAGAUCCAGAAGGAACGUGAGGCAGAGGGGGAGCAGUUUGCUGAUAAAGAAGCAUAUGUCACCUCAGCAUACAAACAGAAACUUCAGGAGAGGAAAGAGGAGGAGGAGAGAGAGAAAAGAGAGGCAGCUCUAGAAGCAGCAUUAGAUGUUAAGAAGCAGCAGGACCUCAGUGGUUUCUACAGACACCUUUUAAAUCAAACUGUCGGAGAGGAGACUGUCUCGGAUCAUUCAACAGAAAAAAAUGGAAGUUCUAAAACUGCAAAAGACACAAAAUGGACAUUGCCUGUCCGAUCGCCUUCGCCCAAAGAUAAAAACGAUAGUGACAGCGAAGAGAUUCAAGAGCAGAAAUUUGGGUUUAACAAGCCACAUUCAAAACGCCAGUACAGACAAAGGUCUCCUUCAUCAGGCAGCGGAGACGACUGGAACCAAGACAAGGACGUCAGGCGAAAGAAGAGUUACCGAGAUCAAGAUAAAGGCAGAGAGAGGGAUAGGCAUCGGGAGAAGGAGAGGCAAGAGAGGCACAGAGACAGGGAACGAGACAGGCAUGGAGGACGCGGUGAUGAAUUCGAUAGACGAAAAGACAGAGAGAGGAGAAGAGAGAAGGACAGAGAGAGAGAUUGGGAGCGAGAAAAAGAAAGUGAAAGGGAUAAAGAAAGAGACAGAGGGCGAGAGAGAGAGCGUGAUAGGGAGAGAGAUAGGGAGAAAGAGAGAGACAGGGGGCGAGAGAGGGAAGAUAAGCACACCAAAAGAGAAAUAAGUCCAAAAACUCGAGAACACCAUAAGAACGAAGAGAACGAAAAGAAAUGGCAUUUGGACAACAAGCAAAGAGACAAAGAUCAGGACAAUAAAAAGGACAAGAAUGACUCAGAAAAUGAAACGUCUGCUAAAACUGAACCAAAAAAGAGACGAGACAUAGAACCAAAAAUUCCCCAAAAGAGUCAACAAACAAAACCAAAAAGCCCAUUAAGGAGUCAAGAAACAAUGGAAAAGCGUAAAGAACGGGAUGAAAGAAAAGAGGGUGAUGAAGUGGAAAAGGAAAGUAAGUUUGCUAAACGCAGCACAGAUCAGAGUGUGGGGUCAGCAAGAGAGCGGUAUCUGGCGAGACAAAUGGCACGGGCCAGUUGUAAGAGCUACAUCGAAAAUGAGGAAGACUAA